AUGAGAGGCACUGUUAAGAAGGCUUAUGAACUUUUGGAAUCUACACCUAAUGCUUUCAUGCUUCAACAAUUUUACAACCCUGCAAACACUCAGAUGGCAAAGAGAGAAAAUUGCAUUGUAGCUAUAGUGACGGUGGUUAUAACACCAACUGAGCUUGGAACCUUUGAUACACAAGAAGAAGCCGCAAAGGCUUAUGAUAAGGCAACUAGAAUGUAUUGCCGCGCUAAAACCAAACUUAAUUUCCCGAUGUCAAAUGAGGAUAACCUAGAAAAUGACCCUGUAGCUACAGUGACAGUGGUUGUAACCCCAAUUGAGGUUCGAUAUAAGGGUGUUAGGGAGAGGCCACGGGGGAAAUACGGAGAUGAUAUUACAAACCCCAUCCAGAAGGUACGUGUCUGGCUUGUGACAUAUGCCAUGAAAGAAGAAGCAACAAACACAUUUGAAAAGGCAGCGAGGAUGUAUUACUAUCCUAAAGCUAAACUUAAUUUUCCGACAUCAAAUGAGGAUAACCUAGAAAAUCCUAAUAUAAAUAAUAAGAAUCUCCAUCAUGAGCUCAAUCUUGAACUCAUACUUGCACCGCCAGGGAGCAAGUGA